AUGUUUGCAGGAGAUCACGGUCGGAAUAUUCUCCAACUAGUCGAAGAUGACGACGAUCAGGUCAUUAAUUUAUCAGACUUUGAAUUUAACUUGAAUUUACAAACACAAAUACAAGAAUUGGAACCCAUUCGUGAAUUUUCCAAACAAAUUUCAUACAUUUCGCACCAACAACAACAAGAAGCCUUUUCAUUCCAAGAUCAUCAAGAUCAUGAUCACCAAUUUAACGUUAAAUUAUGUCAAGAUGAUUGGUUCAUGAUUCUCGAUUACAUUCCAUUCCCUGAUUUUUGUAAAUUUUCACUUGUUUGUUCAUCAUUUGCAGAAUUAUUAACUUUUAAUAGGAGACAUUUGGUGAUGAGAGGAAUUUUGAAGGAUUUUCCAUCACUAUUAAAAGAUCAUCAUUUUACCACUGUAGAAUCAUUGGGAAUGUUGGCAAGUGAAAGAUCUCCGAGUGAUGAUCUCUCCAAUUUUCAAAAAUCAUUAUUCUCUGAUAUGAUUUAUUUCCUUAUAGAGAAGAAGAGAUAUAAACAAAAUUUAUGGAAAUUCAUUGAAAUGGAUAAAAUUAGAGAAAUGGAUGAGAGAUUGUUCAUUUUACCAUUUAGAUCAUCAAUGAUCAUUAACAGUUUUUAUGAUUUUUUGGAUAUUCCACAAGAAUUGUUGAAUUGUAAAAAAUUUAUUAUGAAAUUUUUUGAAAUUAUUCCAAAGGCUUGUUCAAAAUUUUUCAUAUUUUUAAAUGAAAAUUUGAAAAAUGAUGAGGAAAUUGUCAAAUUGGCUGUUUCUAAUAAUGGAUGGUUGAUUAAAUUUGUUAAAAAUCCAAAUAAGGAAAUUGUUAAUUUGGCAUUUCAAUCUAAAUAUAGAUUUGACAUUUCUCCCACUUAUAAUCAAUAUAGAAAAGUAUUUGAAAAAUAUAAUGAUAGUUUAAUUCACUUAUCAGAUUCAUAUUAUGAAUUAUUAGAUGAAAAAUCAAUUGUUUCUGAUUAUAGAAAAUCAAAAAAAACAAAUGAUAAUUCCUUAUUUAGAAAAUAUAUACAAUUAGAUUCUAAAUAUGGAUUUAAAAAUAUUCAAUUUCUAUUAUUAUUUGCCUAUUUUGAACAAUCACCUGAAUUGAAAGAUGUUCUUUUAUAUUACUAUUAUAAUACUAAUAAUACUACUAAAAAUAGAAAACAUUACUUAUAUGUCGAUGAUUUAAUUACUGACAUGAUGUGUUUUCCAGACAUGUUUGAACCAUCACUUUCCAAUAUAAUUCAAGUUCCUACUCAAAUAUUAAAUUGUAAAACUAGAGAAAUAACCAUCUCACAAAUAUUAAAUAGAAUAUUAAAUGAUAAUUUUACAUUUAAUACUAUAUUAAAUAAUGUUAAUAUGAAAUUUACAAAAUCAAGUAUUGAAUAUUUAAGAAAAAGAUUAAUUCAUCAAUCCAAAGUUACACCACUCUUUACACGUCUCUAUUUUACAAAAUAUUUUGAAAUUAGAAAUGAAAAUGAUGAAAAUAAUGAAAUUAGGAAUGAAAUUAGGAAUGAAAAUGAUGAAAAUGAGAGAAUUAAAUUAUGGAAUGAAAUUUCCAAAUGUAGAAAAUUAAAUUUAAAAAUGCUCAAAUAUUAUCCAAAUUAUUAUUCACAAUUGAGUGAUGAAUUUAAGAAUGAAAAGGAAUUUAAAGCAAUUGCAAUGGAAAAUUUAAAGUGCAAUUUGAAAUAUUUUAAUGUGGAAAAUAAUGAUGAUGAAUUUGUAAUGGCACUUUCUGGUAAUUUUAAAAGAAAUAUUAAAAUAUUGAAAAGUAAAUAUGGAAAGGAAAAUAUUAAGGAAAGAAUUAAACGAAUUUUCCAACAAGAAAAUGGAAGAAUUCGUAAAGAAUGGUUAAAUUGGCCACGUGUCUAUGAUUUAUAUCAAUUCCAUCUUUGUUAUUUAUAUACUGAUAUGGAACAUGUAUUUACCACUGAAGAUCAAAUUGAAAUGAUUGAUCAUGGAACACCUGCAAUUGUUAAGAAAAUUGCCAUAACCAAUGAUGAAAGAAUUUUAGAAAGAAUUCGAAUGAAGAAUUUAUUGGACAUUUGGUUUUCAACCAAUUCAACUAGUUUCAUGGUAGUAACAUUUAGAUAUUGUUUGAGUUAUAAAUCACAUCAAGCUGUUUAUAGAGCUUUGGAUAGAACUUUUAUUACAUUACAAAAAUCUGAUCAAUUUUUAUCAAAGGUUUUACAAGUGGUUCCUAAAUUUGUAAAGGUAUUUUUCACAGUUAGAAAAUCAUAUUAUUAUGAUACACGUACUGUUAUUGAUUUCCCAUUUGAAUUAAUUAGAGAACUUGCAUUGGAAAAUCAGAGAAUUGUACAUUAUUUACCUAGAAAUAUUCAAAAGAGAUUGAAAAAUCCAUUCUCCCUUUAA